AUGCCACCAAGCCCACAACAGCAGGCCUACCCCACCUUUGCACCUCCGGCCCAGCAGCCUCAGGCCCAGCAGCACCCGGUUGACCCACUUAACCCCACCGACCUUGGAGCAGCUCUCAGUACUUUAAAUCUCAACCAAUAUGACCCUCAGUGGUACAUGGACUCAGCAUCGUCUACAUGCUUUCUUAAUCGCAUUAUACAAUUGCUUUCGAGCGAAUUUGCUAUGACAGAUUUGGGUGCUUUACAUCAUUUUCUUGGGAUUACCGUACAACGGACGAAUAGCGGUUUGUUCUUAUCUCAAUCUCAGUAUGACAGAGACAUUUUGCAUAGGGCGAAUAUGACUACUUGUAAACCAUGUGCAACAUCGGUUGACACGUCCAGCAAACUCAGCGCUAAUGAUGGCUCUCUUUUACCAGAUGGGUCAGCUUAUCGAAGUCUUGCAGGGGCUUUACAAUAUCUCACAUUCACUCGCCCAGAUAUUUCUUAUGUCGUGCAGCAGGUUUGUUUAUUUAUGCAUGCACCCAGGGAACCCCAUUUUGCAUUCAUGAAAUGGAGUUUACGAUAUAUUCAAGACGUGUUCGAGAAACCCGAAAAAACUCAAAUCAACACUUGCAACGAAAAAAUGGUGUCGCAUUCGGGAAACCGGUCAGUGUCGGCACUCGCUGGUGGAUUUGGAUGUGCGGCGGAGGGUGCAUCGGUGGAUUGGGGUGCAGCUAUGGUUUCUAUAGGCCAGGGGCGUGGGGAUUCUGGCAGGGGGUCGACGACGUAG